UCUAUUUUACAGUUGACAUUUUUUCAGUUUAGCUUAUCAUGUUAUAUAUUCAAUAAAAUGCUACGUUAGUUUGAAGUGAAAAUUGAUGUAGUGUGUAAUAAAUACCAGGUUUAUUUUUUCAAAACGAUUUUAGCUGUGGCAUAAUUAUCUUAUGUGAUCAUGUAACACAAAAAAUAGUAAACAUGUCACUUGAACAAACUGCGUGUGAAGAUUUAAAAGCAUUUGAAAGACGUUUGACUGAAGUGAUUGCUUGCUUGCAACCCAGCACAAACAGGUGGAGAGUAUUGCUUUCAGUUGUUUUGGCUGUUAUUUCGAUAUGUACAGCCGUUGGCGCUUGGUAUUGGCUCACGGAUCCUACAACACCUGUAGUCUCUUUAGUGCAAUCAUUAUGGAGUCACCCAUACUUCACAAUAUCAAGCAUCAUUUUAAUACUUUUAUUCAUGAUGGGCAUUCAUAAAAGAGUCAUGGCUCCUUCUAUCAUUACUAGUAGGACUCGAACAAUUCUAGGAGAUUUUAAUAUGUCCUGUGAUGAUACUGGCAAGCUCAUUUUAAAACCAAGGCCUAAUGCAUAAAAUAAUACUGAUGUAUACUAAUUAU